AUGGAGAAUGGAGAAGAAUGCCAGGCACAAGUCUUGGACACGCCAGACAAGUGGUGUAUCUAUAAGGUUCCCAGCAAACUCCGCAAAGUAAAUGAAGCAGCAUACACUCCUCAAUUACUAUCAAUAGGCCCUUUCCACCAUGGCAAACCAGAACUGAACAGCAUGGAGAUCCAUAAAAGGAUAUAUUAUAAGAAGUUUCUUGAACGUUGUAAGAAGAUUGAGGAUGAACGUUGUAAGAAGAGUGAGGAUAAAUUAAAGAAAUUUAGUGAGGAUGAAUUAAAGAAAUUUAUCGACGCUAAAAAAAAAGAAGUUCUUAGUUGUUACGCAGGGACCAUUAAGCUUUCCAUAAUCUCUGCAGACAUAAUUGCGGUUGAUGCCUGCUUCAUCAUCGAGCUCCUUUUAAGGAACUACGAAACAAAAAAUCAUGAAAAUGAUUACAUAUUGAGUUCACCAUGGCUGAGGAAAGCUGUAGAGCAGGACUUGAUACUGAUUGAAAAUCAGCUUCCUUAUUUUCUUCUUCAAGAACUAUAUCAGAAAUUUGCUGUGCCUUGCUGCUGCCGGAUUCCUUCCAAUGAUCAUUCCAUACAGAUUGACAAAGCCACACCUGCUGAUCAUGAACCUACCCUGCUUAAGCUUAGCUUUGAGUUCUUCAAAGAUUAUAAUGAGGGGAAGUUGGAAUCCGUCGAGAAUGGAGUGCCUCAACUGAAACAUUUCACCGAUUUGGUUAGGCAUUUUCUAUGUCCUAAGCCUAACAAAAAAAAGGAAUUGCGUUGUAAACAUGGUGUCAAAAAUAUAUAUGCUGCACAGAAGCUGAGGGCAUCAGGGGUGAAGUUUACGCCACUUAAAGAGGGACCCUUGAUCAUAGAGACAGAUGAGACAGAUAAGGCCAUAGAGACAGAUAAGCCUGAGGACACUAAAUAUAAGCUCACCUUAGCAUGUUUUAGUAAUCUGGACUUGAAGCUUACGCCAUUUAAGUUCAAGGAUGAGACAGAAUGGGUUGUUCGGAACAUCAUGGCCUUGGAGCAGUUUUUGUAUCCAAACCAUCCUUAUAUCUGCAAUUACUUUUUGCUUAUGGAUCAGCUGGUGGACACUGUGGAUGAUGUGGAUUUGCUGGUUGAGAACAAAGUUAUUACUAACAUGCUAGGCAGCAACAAAGCAGUGGCGAAGCUGGUUAAUAAACUUUGCCAGCAGAUCAACGACGAUAAAUUCUGCUAUUCUGAUAUCGGUCGACAGCUUAAAGAUCACCAUGACAAUAUUGGAACCGUCAUGUGGCAACCCUGA